GUAGGCAGGCCACUGCAGUCUCGCCACCUCCAGCUAGAUGUCGCUGCUGUUCAGACCUCCUAGGCCCGGUCGCCGUUGCUAGGAGACGUGGAGCGGGCGAUGUGUGGGCAGCUGCAGGCAGCACUUGGUAGCUGAUGCCGCGGGCUCGGGCUGCUCGGUGAGGCGGCGGCGGAGGAGGAGGGAGGGAUCGGCAGGGCCUUGGGCCUGGACACCGGUGAUAGCCGGUCACAGUGUGUGUCCAGAGCCUCCGUGUCUGUCUGGGGCCUGUGUCGUGCUUCGUACUGUGUCAUUAGGUGGGUUUGGAGUUGGCUAUCCCGGGGAGUACAUGCACGGUGCUGCAGGGCGUACCGAGACCUUCAUGUGCGGCUGUCCUUACAUCAGCCGGACGCAUUGUAUUCACCUUUCCCGUCCUGUUGCAUUGGACGCGGGGAUGAGGAGCACCGAAGGAAGGCCAUGGACCCACGGAGGCUCCUUAAAACAGCUGCCUUCUUUGGACUUUGUGGCUGCUCGUAAAAGGGCAGCUGAAAUCUGAGCAAUGUGCUUUUAAUCGGUCCUCCUGUUUGGUCCUCACGUGCCAUUUUACAAUGGAAUAUAUUCAUUCUCUCUGUGCCUCAGAAUAUACCGUACAAGAAACCCACUUGGCAGAGCUGAGGAAGACCUUGCACAACCUCUGAAAUGAUAUUAAAUAUACAUAACUAAUAGCGUUGAAGGUGAAAGAGGGAAACUUGGAGAUUUCUGGUCGUCCGCUAAACGUGAUGACUGCCUGGUCCAUGGUCAGAAAACGGGAAAUGGAAAAGAAGAAGCCGUCCAGAGAAGAGAGGGCGGCUACAAAUGAGAUGGAAUACUCGCAAGACAUGGCAGACUGCAGUGGUGAAUCUGAUGAAUGGACCAGCUCGGAGAGCGAAGCAGAACAGCAGGGAGGGAGGACUGGAAUAGGAAACUAUGGCAACACUCUCUUCCAAGGUAUAGAUAUUUCAAGCAAACCACACAGACAGCUUUGUAGAUCCCCUUGCUUGGACCGUCCUAGCUUCUCUCAGAGCAGCAUUCAAGUUCCUAUUGACAACCAAAUGAAGCUGGAAGAAGUUAAAACCAAUGUAGACAAGGAAUACCAAGCCAAGAUGGACUUUGCCCUAAAGUUGGGUUAUAGUGGGGAACAAAUCCAAGCUGUCCUCAUCAAGCUGGGAGCCGAUGCUCUUAUUAAUGAUAUCCUUGCUGAGCUGGUCAGAUUAGGGAAUAAAGGAGAGUCAGAAGCACAAGGCAGUGGAGGCAGCAUCAGUAGCAGUCUUGUACCAAGGGGCUCCUGCACCAAAGAGAUUGCAAGUCCAGACCUGUCUCUAGAAGAUGAAGUAGUUGACAACACAGACAACCUCCGACCGAUUGUCAUUGAUGGAAGUAAUGUGGCAAUGAGCCAUGGCAAUAAAGAGGUUUUCUCCUGCCGAGGGAUACAGCUGGCUGUGGAAUGGUUUCUGGAGAAAGGCCAUAAAGACAUUACUGUGUUUGUGCCAGCAUGGAGGAAAGAACAAUCCCGUCCUGAUGCCCCUAUUGCGGACCAGGAGGUUCUAAGGAAGCUGGAGAAGGAGAAGAUUUUGGUGUUUACCCCAUCCCGCAGGGUGCAGGGUCGCAGAGUGGUUUGCUAUGAUGACCGGUUCAUAGUUAAGCUGGCAUUUGAUUCUGAUGGCAAUAUUGUGUCCAAUGACAACUACCGAGACCUACAGAAUGAGAAGCCAGAGUGGAAGAAGUUUAUAGAAGAGAGACUUCUUAUGUAUUCAUUUGUCAAUGAUAAGUUUAUGCCUCCUGACGAUCCUCUUGGGAGGCACGGGCCCAGUUUGGAAAAUUUCCUGCGUAAAAAGCCUGUUGUUCCUGAGCAUAAGAAGCAGCCUUGUCCCUAUGGGAAAAAAUGCACCUAUGGACACAAAUGUAAAUACUACCACCCUGAACGAGCGAACCAGCCUUUGCGGUCUGUGGCAGAUGAACUCAGAAUAGGCGCUAAGCUUUCAGCAGUCAAGACAAUGAGUGAAGGUGCACUUGUAAAAUGUGGAACUGGAAUAUCUAAUUCCAAAGGAGAUGGAUCUAUUGAGGCAAAACGAAUUGCCCCCAAAAGACAGUCUGAUCCAAGUAUUCGUUCUGCAGCUGUGGAACCAGAGCAGAGGCUUUCAGCAGCCCGCAAGUCAGAAGCCAACUCUGUGCCAUCUCUUGUGUCUGCCUUGAGUGUUCCAACCUUGCCACCUCCCAAGAGUCACGCUGUCAGUGCUUUGAACACACGCUCAGCAAGCAGCCCAGUGCCUGGAUCAUCACAGUUCUCCCACCAGAAAUCCUCACUGGAGCACAUGACUAGUGUCCACUAUCCACCUAUUCUGGUUACCAACAGCCAUGGCAAUUCUGUGAGUUACACAGAGGAUUAUCCAAAAUAUGAGUCUCUAGGAGAUCAUGGUUACUACUCAAUGCUUAGUGACUUCUCUAACCUGAGCAUCAGCAAUAUGCACAGUUCAGAAUACUACAGUUCAGAGCAGGACCGAGCAGCUUUUUCUAGGAACUCCAGCCCAUGCCCAGACAGCUGCAUGAGCCAUACCAGCGGUGAGUCCUACUCUUCAUAUAGCGACCUCUAUUUGGGGAUCAAUGACCCAGGCAGUGAGGACACCAUGAAGCCCCAGAGAGCUCCUCCACACAAUAGACUACAACCAUUUGCUCAUGGUUACCAUGAAGCUCUUACCCGUGUGCAGAGCUAUGGCCAAGAAGAACCCAUGCAUACUCCACGUAAGCAGUCAUCUUCACAUUUGGCUCUGCACUUACAGCAUCCUCUUGUUGGGGCAAGGUCCAGCUGUCCUGGAGAUUACCCAAUGCCAGAGAAUAUGCACCCGUGUGCUAAUGCUCAGCCUGGUAGAGCCCUAGUGAUGACCCGAAUGGAUAGCAUAUCUGACUCGCGUCUCUAUGAGAGUAACCCUAUGCGACAAAGAAGACCUCCAUUAUGUCGUGAACAGCAUGCUAGUUGGGAUCCUUUACCUUGCCCCACUGACACAUACAGCUACCACUCAUACCCACUGAGUAAUAGUCUGAUGCAACCCUGUUACGAACCAGUCAUGGUGAGAAGCAUGCCUGAGAAGAUGGAACAGCUGUGGCGAUCUCCUCACUGGUCACCCAUGGUAAGCAAACCCAGAGAGCAGCACAUUAUUCCAGAGCAUCAGUAUCAAACCUACAAAAAUUUGUGCAACAUCUUCCCACCAGGGGUGGUGCUCUCAGUCAUGGAGAAGAACCCACACUUGACAGAUGCCCAACAGCUUGCAGCAGUUAUUGUUGCAAGGUUAAGAUCGGGUCAUCAACAUUGUUAAUUCCCUCCCAUAAUGUCUGGACAAUAGUAUCUAUUGAUCAAGUUGCCUGAAUAAAUCCUGGCAGUGUUUUACACAUUUUUGCUUAUUCAUAUGACCUAAGGAUCGGUUUUCUGCCUCCAUAUAAACUUUAUGGACACAACAAACUUUUUUAAUUUAUUUUUUUAAGCUACACCUUGUGAUCUUUACAGCAUUCUCAGAGGAGUGCAUAUUUUAUUGUAUAGAUAUAUUUAUCCCUGCUAAACCUGCAUGACAGGUUAAACCUCAGUUCCUUGGGGGGCAAUGUCACUCGUUCCUAUUCUUAAUAAAGGAGAUGGAAGGGUAUGUUAACCUCUCUGAUGCUGGAGAUGCCAGCACAUCAUCAAAGCACAUAAGUUGCUUACAUAAGUCUCUUUAGCUGUUCAUAGAAGCACCUAUUCAUAUUGUUAGCAAUUAUAUUGCAUGCCUACUUGUGUAUUUGCAGUGUAAAUCAGUACAGCUGUGUGUAUAGAUAGGUGUCUCUAUCUAUCUGUAUAUAGUGUUAUCCUAAACUAGUGUUUAACCAAAAAAAAACCUACUGAUGUCUUUGCUUAAGAUUCUUUUGACUGCACAAUGACACUGUAUUCCCGACCACUUUGCUAUAUUUGUAUCAUGCAGAGAUUAAUAUGCAGAUAUUCUUCAUAUAUGGUUAAGUGAUAUUGAUAGGAUUUUUAUGUCUAUCAUGACAUCUUACAGGUCCGCCAUACUGUACCUCUCAGUAAUAGCCAUAUGCCUCUAAAUAUAUACAAAUCACUUGUAAGCAUGGGCGGUUCUUUGUGCGUCACAAAUACAAAGGAGGCCUUUAUAUUUUGUUGAGGGGCCAAAUACAUGUAACAAAGAAUUAGAUUUGUUUUCCACAUACAAAAUACAUGUGGAACGGUGAUGUCACACUUUGAUACAAUAGUGUGUUAUUACCCAGCAGACGCUUGCCUAGAGGCUUAGUAAUACAUGCAUUACAUAACUGAGGAAGGAGCUUCAGGAACAUGUUUCUUUCUAGUGCAGAUCCUGUGAUAGAUAAUUGCUCCUAUUUAUCGUCUGUAAGUCUUACGCUGUAUUAUAUGCUGUGAUAUAGAUUUGUAAAUGGUAGUGAUGUCAGAUGUGAGUCACCACCUUUUGUAUUGGCAUUUGGUGACAACCAUCAGUGUGUGACCUUUUUUCCUCGCUAGCAUACAGCUAUCAUUGCCACUUCUCUCCAGCAGGUACUGGAUUAUUUUGGAGAAACGGGCUUUAUUCUCUAUCUGUAAAGAAUUGGUUGCACUUUUACUUGUGGUUGGUUUAUGUAAAUAGCUGUAAUGGGGGAAAACACUGCAGAUAGCAUUGCCUGACCAGGCAUUUUAUUGGUUGUCUUCUGCUGCUCUCAGGUUGCUGACCCAUAGCACUAUCUCUUAUUUAAUUUUCUAAGAAACCCAUUGUAACAUAGUUUAAGAUUUUGAAGCCGCUCCUUAGCCGGUGUCCCCGGGCUUUGGACUUUAGUCGACUUCAGUAUUUUCAUGAAAGUGUAGAAGGGCCAAACUAAUAGCCCUUUUGUUUCUUCAUGAGAAGGUGAUAACUGCCUAAAUGUUUCUUACUGUGAAACAAACGGAACGUCAGGCUGCCGUCAGGGUUUUCUCUGGCUUUCUGAGGACGGGUCUUCGGCUGCUCGUAUUGCUCUUUUAUUUGUCUUGUUAAUGGUGAGCAUGUUCAAAAUUUGUUGUUUGGUAUUUCAAAGUCUUGAAAGCCAUGAAACCCCUUUAUAAAGGAAGAUGAAAUAAUUAACAAAAACCCCAGUAUUGAAGCAUAAAUGGCCCUGAACAUCUAGCACAUAGUCCAGAGAAGUGUGCUGGGUGAAACCAUUCUAGCAUUUGGUUACAUACAUCCACAGGUAGAGGCCAAAGGACAGUACUUUGUUGGCCACCUUUGUUGAUAUGCAAUUUCCAGCAUGCUUUAGCAACCACCUGGAGCCACAUUAUUUACUCACCAAUGAAACUGCUCUGAAAAGUCCAAAUGGAAUUCUUAAAUAGAAUAUAACACAACCUUUUAAUUCGUAUCCCCAGAUUGAUAGGGAACAUUUUGAAAAUCGUUGUUUAUCAGUUUUGUGCCAUUUCAAUGGAAAUAAAAUAUGUACCUAUCUACUAGACAAUCCAGGUGGCAUUUAUCAACUGAAUUAGUUAUGUAGACUCAUUCUCUGGUUCCGGUAUGAAUGGUCGACAAUGUUAAGGUUGACAGUCAUUAGGUCGACCACUAUUGGUCGACAUGGAAAGGUCGAUACAUGAAAAGGUCGACAUUCAUUUUUUGAACUGUUUUUGGUGUAAUUUUUUCCGUAACAUGACCAGGAACCCCAAUUAGUGUACCACAUCCCCUUGCAUGGCUCGCGAUGGUGCCUCGCUGCGUGCGGCACAGGUUACUAUUCCCAAUCGUAGUCCAGAUGGAUGAAAAACUUUUUUAAAAAAAAGCACAUUUUUUUUAAAAAUCCACGUCGACCUUUCAUGUGUCGACCAUGUCAAUGUUGACCUAAUGAGUGUCGACCUUAACAUUGUCGACCAUCUGAACUGAUACCUCAUUCUCUAUGGAAUUUGGUAAAUAAGAUUUGGUACCUUUUAAAACUUUUUCUGUAAAACAUUUUCAAACUCUUGAAUCUGUUUCAGUUCAACACAGAAUAUUUUAAUGGUCAUUUAACAAAAAAUCUAUGCAUAUAUGGUGCCUGCAGAAAUUGAUUAAACAUUGACUGUUACCAGUUGAGAGCUAGUUUAUUUGAUUCUGGCUGCGUUCUCAUAAGUCUGUGCUGUAGAGAAGCUCAUAACUUUUUAAUCCAUAAAACGGUAGGACAAUGAGUAACCUUGAUUAUGUUUUCAACUGAAGGAUAUGAAUUGAAUGAAAAUCUAGGUAGCAUUAACUUUUAUGAAUCCUGUUGGCACUAUCAAGCCUCACCUAAAGUGUUAAAGUAAAAUCUUUUGACUAGUUUGAUCCCAUAUAAGAAAUGGGCAGCUGAAAUAUCCGCCUCACAUAACCAGAAUUGACCUUUUGUUUGUUGAUACAAAUUGUAUCUUUUUUUCUUGAUUGUAUUAAAUAAAAUAAAAAAUGUGGAAAGUAUGUGUAAAUAUAUAACUACAUAUUUAACCUUCUAAAGAAAAAAGUUCUAUUUAGACAAAAUAGUGUAGAAUAAGCAAUGCAUUUUCACUGCUAUGUCUGUGACACUGUGUGUCACUUUGUUGUAGUCCAUGGAGUGAAAACCCGUUCACUGCCGUUGUGCCUGCAGCCCUUCAUGUGAAAUACAGGGAGUUACAGGACAGGCCAGCAGUGAUGAGGUUAAAUAAUUCCUUUAUGACUGGGCAAUGUAGUUUAUAAAGUAGCAAGACAGUUUCGGUUUCACUCUAUUAUAUAAAAUAUAUAGCUCUGUACAAUAAUGAACAGGAAUAUUAUAUAACAUGUCUUAUAUUUAUUGAAAUGUAUCCAUCGCCUUCACACACUGGAAGCAGCCAUUUUUGGGUGGAACCAAUAAUUAGGAGAGUGCAUUGUAUUUACUAGACUGUAGUAUAAACACUGAGGCCUGCUGAAUGGAUGGACUGCAUUGCAUCAAUCCACAGAAUGGCUUCUUCCACUGCAUAGACGAAGAGUACAGUUUAAAUUGACUUUAUGUUCCUAAGUAGGAAUCUUAGUAACAACAGGUAUUUUGUAUAACGUGCACUGCAAAAAAAAAAAAAGCAUUAAGUUCUACUAAAUAGAUUCUGUGAUAGUGUUUGUUGAUGUUCAUAAUGUGUAUAUGUACAGCAUGUGUCAUUUUAUAUUUUUCAUGUUUUUGUUGCAUGAGAUCAAGUAUAUUUGGUUAAGUACAGUAAGUUACUGGGAUUCAGUUAGGUCUGCACUGGGCCAGUCUGGUAAUUGGGCAGUAUGGUUUCUGCCACAAAAAGUAAGUGAGCUAGUCCGAUUUGAGGUUAGUUUGAUUAGGUUUACUUGUGAAUUCUAGGUUUUGAAGAGCAGCAAAGUCUAUAAACUUUUUAUUGUAAUGCAGUUUCUGUAUUUCUUAUGUGUACUAAAUGACUGAUCAUAUCACUAAUAUGAGUCGUUUUCCUCACUGGUUUUAGACUGGUCCUCAAGCCUUAGCGGUGCUUUCUCUGCAGGCACUGGUGCACACACAAGAUGGAGAUGCAUUUGUCAUUCCAGUCCUCCCAUAUACAUACACAUUGACAGGAGCUUUGAGGACUUUGCUCCAUCCACUUGCAACUCACUCUAUGGUUUUCAGCCUCCAUUCUCCCCAAUAUCCUCAUAAAACCGCACUGCAUACAGCCCUGUUUAUAGCAAUAUACAGGUUAUUUCCUCUGAGAAGUUACUACACUUGAUCUUAGACUUAGUCCAGUAUCUAAUUAGUGUAAUUUACCGUGGCUAAUUGACUCGAUCAGGGCGAUCCUAUUAGCCCCAAUGCUGACAGUUAUCAGGAUUAUAUAUCACAUGCCUCAGCACACAAAACAAAAUCCCUGAUAACCAACCCUUAGAGACACAUUUUUUUGCGAAAACACAUGGGUCUGGGAACUUAUGCCAGUCAUAGUCUAUUGCUGUGAGAGUGUAUUAUGCUUGUUCACUUCUGAAUAGUACCCAAAAAAUAAAGUGUUAAUAUUUUAGUCAAAUUCACCUUAUGAACAAAGGAUUCCUUCUUACCAAUAUAGAUUUGGAGGAAAGCCUGUUGUUGAGGCUUGAGGACUAAAUAAAUAGUUAUGUAGUGAAUGGGGAGUAAGUUGCCUACAAUGAUAUAAGUGUAUUACAUUCCCUGAUUGUAAGUUGGGCGCAGGGUUGAUUCUGCAUGCAGUUGACUGAUGUUGUUAGUCUGGUUAGUCUGCAUGGCUUGGGAGUCCCACAGUGCACAUGUCCCGAUUGUCAGCGUUCAGAUGCAGUACAGGAUCAGAUGCAGGGUCUGUGAAUGUUAGUGGGCGUUCCUGGAAGGUAAUUACCAUGACUUUCUAUAUAGUAUUUUUUCUUAACUCUUAAGGUCUGGAGAAUAUAUUUAACGGAGAAGCGCAUUGUACUGUUGCUUAUACAAAACUUUCUUCAUUAUAUAAAUGAAUUUCUGUAUAAUAUCAAGGUCUGGAUAAUAUAUUGCAGCCCGUUGCUUUGCAUUAUACCCUAAAGAAGUGAAAUGAUGACAUAAAUAUCCCUCCCAGUCCUGUGAGUACACAUGCCAGGGUCUGCAGAGCAGCCACAUAUUUUGUUCCUAUGGAAAAGUGAGGUAGAGUUCUACAGGUUUUUAACUACCCGAUUCUCAUUAUAUUUCUGUACUAUAUAUAUUUAAUUUAUUUCUAACUAAAUAUUAGGCCACAUACCCACUGGCGCUAGUCAUGUGUGUUACUAGCGGGUUUAGCACCAGUACAGCGCAUGUUUAGGGCUCUGACAGUAGAAAUCUACUUUUAGUUUAAUUUGUGCUAUAGUGAAAUGAUAUUCUAAUUUUUGGAGCUCAUCAUGUUCUCUUUAAUACAUUCAAGAACUUCGAGAUCUUCAAAUGCUGGUAACAAGCACAGAAGACACGGCUGCAUUUUUACUGCUCUCCGUUUUCUUUUUUCUUUUUGUAAACAAAAAAGAAAAUGAUACAAUUCAAUAAGUAUGCAGCCGAAGAUAUGUUACAGUAUGUGUUGUAAGUGUUGGUGUUUUGUAAAUAAGAUGAUUACUAUUAUUAUUAUUAUUACUACUACUACUACUAAUUGUAUUCCGUGCUUGAUGUUAUUUGUUAUUGGCUUUUGGUUAUUUGUUUUCUUUUGAUGCAUCUGAUAAUCUUUGGCAAUUUUUUUUUUAUAUCUACGUGAUUCCUCUGUGCACAGCAGUGUGAAUCGGGUCUGUACUAAAUACGUAGGCUCUUGUACUAUAGUCAUUCCAAUAUAUAACCUGUUUCCUAAUUACAAGUUUGCAAUCUGCAUUUCUUUAGUAAAGACUUUUUUAUUUUCUAAGUUUGUUUUGAUUCAUUUUGCAGUGAAAUCAGGAUACGUGUCUAGAAAUACUAUUAGCCUGUGCUACUGGACCUGCAGUGUUAUCCAUACAGGAGUAUCUAAAGCCCAACACACCAAUCUCCACCCCAAUGCACUUUUAUAUGGUGCUUUAUGAAGAUUACAUAAACUUUAUAGCAUAGGAGGAAGCAGGACAAAUGGGUGGUCUUCAGUUUGCCGGCUGUUGGGGUCCUGGCGCACAGUACACCGGCGCCGGAAUCCCGACAGCCGGCAUACUGACAACGUUUCUCCCUCUUGGGGGGUCUACGACCACCCUGGAGGGAGAAUAGAUAGCGUGGUGCGCGUACCGCGCCACCGUGCCCACAGCGUGGCGAGCACAGCGAGCCUGCAAGGGGCUCAUUUGCGUUUGCCACGCUGUCGGUAUGCCGGAGGUCGGGAUUCUGGCGCCGGUAUGCCGUUGCGCCGGGAGUCCGACAGCCGGCAUAUCAUACUAUACCCGGACAAAUAAAUCACUUAUUUAAACAUGGGAAGAUUGGAUAUUAUAGUAACCAAACAUUGCAAGUUUUGUUCUGUGCACCUCUACGGGAUGGGAAAACUAGCAAUGUUACUGGUCAUAAAGUGCCGUCACCCAAUUAUUCUGGGAGACAGUUUGCAGCCAUGCAGAGAAUGGAAUUUCCCCAUCAAGUCUUUGCCAAAGUGUACUGCACGGCUCCUUUUGGGGAGAAGAGUAGCUUUGUCCUGCUUCCACUGGUUACACACAAUGCACAUGUAUAAUGGCCAUUAGGGUGGUCUAUAUGGAUGGCCUGCUGUAAAAGUACAAAGUUAUGUUUUCUUACCUUCAGAAUGACCCUUUUUGUUUCAAUCUAGUGGAGCACAUAAGAUAGGUGUAGGUCAUUUUCUACCUGCCCACACUGGCAUCUAGCCAUAAUAUUACAGACACACAAUGAUCAUCAUAUACUGUAUUACUAUGAUUGUUACUCUGCAAUUUAUUAGAAGAUCAUAAAAAUUGAUUGCACAAUAAAACCUUUUGAAGUUUAUGAAGAAUUUUACUACCUUACGUAUGCAGUUACAAAUAUGUACUCAAAUAUAUAGGAUUACAAAAUGUGAAUAAAAUGAAAAUUGCCUUUUAUAAAUAUUUAAGCACAUUAAAUCCUACACCAUUUGCAUUACUUGUUACUUUUCUUCAAAUGCGCAAAUAUAUCGAAGCAUUUUGAUUAGUAAUAAUAGCAGGAGUAUUUUGGCAAUCAAGAUUACCUUAAUAGACGACGUCAUUUUGAGAUUAUUGGUUAUGAGGUGAAAUUGGCUGAAGUUUGCAUACUGUAGACAAUGAUCAGCUAUAAAUGGCUGUGUGUGUAUAGUUGGUAUUACUGCAGUGCAGAUGUUCAAUGACGCAUUGAGAGGCGUCGGGCACGUCAACAGUUACUAUUUUCUGCAUGCUCACAUUACGUAAAGCGUGCCUAUCAAACAGUGAAAGCAACUAUUUGUGGGCUCAACUAAUCUUCAUGACAGUGCAGCUACCAGUUCACCAGGAAGCAGUACCUAAUGGAUAUCUGGCCUUGAGAUGUAGUGCCUCAGUGAUGUCAUUACUUCUUAGUGAAUUGAUAUAUGGGGGGUCAUUCCGAGUUGUUCGCUCGUUAUUUUUUUUCCGCAACGGAGCGAUUAGUCGCUACUGCGCAUGCGCAAUGUCCGCAGUGCGACUGCGCCAAGUAAAUUUGCUAUGCAGUUAGGAAUUUUACUCACGGCAUUACGAGGUUUUUUCUUCGUUCUGGUGUUCGUAAUGUGAUUGACAGGAAGUGGGUGUUUCUGGGCGGAAACUGGCCGUUUUAUGGGUGUGUGCGAAAAAACGCUACCGUUUCUGGGAAAAACGCGGGAGUGGCUGGAGAAACGGAGGAGUGUCUGGGCGAACGCUGGGUGUGUUUGUGACGUCAAACCAGGAACGACAAGCACUGAACUGAUCGCACUGGCAGAGUAAGUCUCGAGCUACUCAGAAACUGCACAGAGAAGUAUUUUCGCAAUAUUGCGAAUCUUUCGUUCGCAAUUUUGAUAAGCUAAGAUUCACUCCCAGUAGGCGGCGGCUUAGCGUGUGCAAUGCUGCUAAAAGCAGCUUGCGAGCGAUCAACUCGGAAUGACCUCCAUAGUGCAUCCACAUGAACAUUUGCUCAAAUCAGGAAACUGCUACAUCCACUGUGUGGGCGAUAGGUGUUAUUUAAUCUCUGCAGCAGUGUCAUGUAUACUCAGUGCAAAGCAAGCCUUACCUACUGCUGCAUCCUCUCAGUUUGUAUCUGUGAACACUACAUUACCAGAGUGAUCUUUCUCACAUACUGUAUCAUGCUGCUCUGAAAUAUUUCAUGUCAUAGUUGUUUGGACCCGCACAGUUGUAAUAUUUUUUGUUCUAUGGUCAUAAUGUGUUUUUAUUUCGUAGAAUGAAACGUUACAGCGUAAUUGUAAGUUCCAUUUUAUAAAACCUCUUUGGGUUUAGUUUUGUGAACCCAAAUAUAAUGUAAGUCGUAAUGACAAAAACUUGGACGUUAAUAAAAGAAAAAGUGUUUGCAAGGCA